CCUACUUUUAUACGGUUUUUUAUUCCAAAUUAACGGUUUUUUAUAAAGUCUUUUUUUCAAAUUUCAAACCCCGAAGUUUUAUUGUAUUCUCUUUCUCUUUCAUCUGUUUCAUUCUCCCUUGUUUCUCAUUUUUUCUUUUUCUUCAUCCGAAAACCUAACUGAGUUUCUUCAUUUUUUUUCAAAAUCGUUUGGCAUUGACUGGUUAAACAAUGGUUGUCACUCGUGCGGGGUCUGCAUCUCCUGCUCGGUCGGGUGCUGCGUUCUCUGGCCCAGGAGCCUCGAAGCAAUCCGAGGAUCAAGAGUCUGCCGAAACGAAGGGGAAACUUCUGAAGAGUAAUCUUUCUCCUUUGUCUAAAGGGAAAGCUGUUUUGAAGUAUUCAUCAGAUUCUCCCCUUCCUAAUGUGAUCGAGGAUGAUGUUGGUGGUUCAAAUGAGUUGAAGGAGGGCAACAUGCAUGCGAGUGCUGACUUAAUUGGGAAAAAGUUGAAGCGAAAACAUGUUGCAUUGUCAAAGAGAAAAGUCAGUGCGAAGAAAUCUAAGAAACUAUCGAUUGGAGGUUCUAGUCGAGUAAAGUGCAAGGCUAACAGAAAAAUUGCGAAGAAGAAUGUUGGUUUACUGGAUAAACCGAAGCAUAUGGAAUGUUUUAUCAAACAUGAGGAUCAUUAUAGAGCAAGAGUCAAUUUUCACUGUGGUUUUGAGAAGAUCAAUGUGAUCUCAGAAAAAUUGACUGACUCUCAAAAGGUUUUGUUUAGUAAGACUUGCUUUGGUCAUUUUCUAAACCUUAAAUCUUAUGCUAAUCAAGCUAAAUUGGUUCACCAUGUUUUGUUGAGAGAAGUUAACCAGCCAAACUUAAAUGAAAUGUGGUUUAAAGUUUGUGGAAAGAUGAUUAGGUUUUCUUUGGGUGAAUUUGGGUUAUUGUCUGGGUUAAAUGUGUUUGGUGACAUUGAUAGAGGUGGAAUUAAGAAUAGUAAUCCUAUUGGAUUGUAUUCUAAAUUUUUUGGUGACCAUACAAGGGGCAUUUCAAGAAUUAUUGUUGAAGAAAGGUUUAAGGCUGCCAAUUUUGAUAAUGAUGAUGAGGCUGUUAGGAUGGCUGUACUUUACCUGAUCACUAACUUUUUGUAUGCUUGGCAAAAAGAGAAGAACAUUGAAAAAACUGACUUGUAUCUUUGUGAUAGUGGUGGUUUUAAUCAUUUUCCAUGGGGAAAGGAUAUUUUUAAUGUGACUCUCUCAUCUUUGAGAGAUGCUUUAAGGGAAAAUGAAGUUGUUAUUACUAGACAAGGUUCUUACCCAACCUAUAAGUUGAAUGGUUUGCCAUUUGUUUUCCAAGUUUUCAUUUACGAAUCAAUUCCUAGUUUAGAGGGAACUUAUUGUGAGAAGGUUAGUUGUGGUCUGCCUAGGAUUAUAAAUUGGUCAUCUGUUGCAAUCCCAUCUCAUAAGGAGCUUGAGAGGAAUGUGUUUUCAUUACAUAAGACCAAAAUUGUUAAAGUUUUGCCCACUGAUGAAGAGAACAAUGCCUUCAAGCUUGAAGGUUUUUUCCAGUGCAACAAGGAUUUGAAUGUUGCUGAUUUUGAGGAUGAUGAUUUUGUUGCUCCUCCAAAGAAACCAACCAGUGAGGCUCCUUCAUCAUCCUAUGUUCCUUGUGUGACAUUUGGUUUUUCUGAUCUGAAAAUUAUUGUGGAUGAAUGUCAGAAGAAGUGUAACAUUAUGUCUAAGGAAAUUGCAUUUUUAAAGCCUGCUAGUGAAUCUAGACAUAGGGCAUUGAUGGAGAUGUUGGUUAAUUUGAAAAACGAUCAAGAUUUAAAAUACAAGGCAGUUAUGGAAAUGUUAGGUGAGUUGAGGCCAAAAUCAUGUGGUAUUAAUGAUGAUAUUGAUCCUGUUGAUGUUGGUUUUGUGGGAGCUGAUGUUGGUGAUACUUCUGGUGGUGGUGGUGUUUUAAAGGAAAAGGAUAAGUCUUUUUAG